UGCGCACAACAAGUGUGAAUGCAAAGCUACUACAGAACUUGCGUGCCCACGGAGGGACAGAGAAGUUUAUUCAGCACAUGAGAAUAAUAGACCAGGCACUGCCGCAGGUGCUGAAAGGCAUCGUUGACCAAGUGGCCAAGCUGGAGCAGCCAGGAUGUACCAAUGAAAAUUUAGCUAAUGAUGAUGGCCAGUGGGUUGAAGCAGGAAAGGUGUUUGAGAGUUUUAUAGGCCUCACUGUGCAAAUUUGUUACUGCCUGGAUGCAAGUGGUUUUGCCAAAGCACUGGUUGUUGCCAACCUAACUGUGGAUACGUUGGUCCUGAAGCUUAAGAAGAUAUUAGAAUUAUACAAGUAUCCAACUACUGAUUUUCCUAGCAUAAGGCGAGCUACACUUGAGCUUAUGACCUGGAUGGUAGGAAACAACAAGUACAGAGAGACAAUCCUGCAGUGUGGAGUGUACGAGCAACUGAAAGAAGUGGCAAAGACUCGUGGAAAACUUGAGAGCUUUCAACUGUUUCACUGUGAUGUUGGGGUUGGUAGCGACCAUACAUCAUCCAUCUCUUCUCUCGUGAGUAAUUUACGGGCACAGCUUGAGCUCUGCCCCGAUUUCCAUGAAAGAUCACGCUACUACGGGGAACAUGCACGCACCAUAACGGUUUUACUUGCUUAAGUGACACCUUUUGAUUGUGUUUGGCAUGAAGCAUCGACUUGGCAUUUGUGUACCAACCAAUGCUCACAUCAACGGUUCUGCUUUUUAUUUCACGCAAGAGUGUCUGAAUGUAUGUGUCUACCAAUGUGUACUUCUGUGCAAGUGGUUGUACUUUUGAUUGAUAGUGUUUAUUGGGCCUGAUUGUUGGUGACCAAUGUAUGCAUUUCAUUUUCUCUUUUCACACUGGUUAA